AUGGAAGAUGUCCAGAUCCAGGACUUCUCCUCGCUCUUCAGCGUGAAGGGGAAAGUUGCCGUCGUCACUGGUGGCUCCCGAGGGUUGGGUCUGACAGCCGCCUCAGCCCUCCUCCAAGCAGGCGCCUCCAAGGUCUUCAUCACCUCCCGCAAGGCCAAGGCCUGCGACGAGGCCGUCGCAUCCCUCAACAAGCUGCCGAACCUGUCCCCGGGGGCGCAGGCCAUCUCGGUCCCCGCGGACAGCAGCACGGUGGAGGGCGUGCAGUCCCUCGUGGACGGCGUGAAGAAGCACACGGCCCACGUGGACAUCCUCCUCGCCAACGCGGGCGCCACGUGGGGCGAGGCCUUCGACACGCACCCGGACAGCGCCUUCGCCAAGGUCAUGGACCUGAACGUGCGCGCCGUCUUCAACACGGUGCGGCUGUUCGCGCCCCUCCUGCAGAAGCGCGCCUCCGUGGGCGACCCCUCGCGCGUCGUCAUCACCUCGUCCGUGGCCGGGUUGGGCGUCGGCACCCUCGGCGCCCAGGGCACGUACGGCUACAGCGCGUCCAAGGCGGGCGUGCUGCACCUGGGCCGCAACCUCGCCCUCGAGCUCGGGCCCCGCCACAUCACCGUCAACAGCAUCUGCCCGGGUUUCUUCCCUACCAAGAUGUCCAACGGCCUGAUGGAGAUGUCCGGGGGCGUCGAGAGGCUCGCGGCGGCGAACCCCAUGAGGAGGCUGGGAAGGCCUGAGGAUAUCGCCGGGGCCAUAGUGUAUCUGUGUUCGAGGGCGGGGAGCCAUGUCAAUGGCGAUGCCAUUGAGAUCGAUGGAGGGGCCUUGUGGCAGCGUGGGGAGGUUAUUGCGCCGGCUGCGGCGAAAUUGUAA